AUGGCCACUCAUAACUCAUUUCCAUUUCACCCUUCGAUCUUCUUGUGUGUGGUAGCCUCGCUUGGCUUCAGCCAGACGUGCAUCGGCUUCAAAGCCAAGCACUUGAACUUAACAACAUUCGGAACCCGCUGGUCUUGGGCCGGAGCAACCUGGUACGGAAGUCCCAAUGGAGCCGGUAGCGAUGGCGGAUCUUGUGGAUACGGGAAUGUGGUGUCGCAACCUCCGUUCUCUUCCAUGGUGACCGGAAUCGGCCCUUCUCUGUACAAAUCAGGCAAAGAGUGUGGAGCUUGCUACAAGAUCAAAUGUCCCAAAAGAAUGCAUCCAUCCUGUUCGGGCAAACCGAUGAGGGUGGUCAUCACAGACUGUUGCCCCGGAGGUCCCUGUGUGACUGAUUCUGCCCAUUUCGACCUCAGCGGGACUGCAUUCGGUGCUAUGGCUAAAGCAGGAGAAGAAGUCAAACUCCGGGAUGCUGGCAUCCUCAAAAUCCGAUAUGCUCGAAUUGCGUGCAAUUACUCGGGAAGAACCAUAGCAUUCCAUGUUGAUUUAGGGUCCAACUCUAACUACUUUGCAGUGCUGGUUGAGUAUGAAGAGGGAGAUGGCGAUCUAGCAGCGGUAUCACUAAAGGAAGCUUCAAUGGGGUCUGAGGAGUGGAGGUCGAUGCAACAGUCAUGGGGCGCUGUUUGGAAGCUGGACGCUGCCUCAGAGAUGCAACCGCCGUUCUCAAUUCAGCUGACAUCGCAAUACUCAAGGGAGACCAUAGUGGCCAAGAACGUGAUUCCAGAAAACUGGAAGCCUGGUGCAACCUAUAGAUCUCUAGUCAACUACUUGUAAUUGUCUGGCAAACUUCAAUGGCCCUUCAUGGGCUACUGGCUCAUUGUGAAAGAACUACGUAGUAUAAGCACAAGAGGCUCGUUAAU